AUGGACUUGUACUAUCACCCGGCAUCGCCCUACUGCCGUUCGGUUAUGCUGCUGGCCAGAGCGCUUAACCUGCAGCUGAACCUACGCUUCGUUGAUCUGAUGACCGAGGAGCAGCUGAAGCCGAGCUUCACGGCGCUCAAUCCGUUCCACUGUGUUCCGACGCUGAUCGACAACGACCUGACCCUGUGGGAGUCACGUGCCAUACUGGUGUACCUGGUGGACAAGUACGGGCGCACCAACAGUCGCCUCUACCCGAAGGACGCCCGAACGCGCGCCAUCAUCAACCAACGGCUGUUUUUCGACCACGGCACGCUGGCGACUCGCCUCGAGGACUACUACUACCCGUUGUACUUUGAAAACGCUCCGGCCGACGCAGGCAAGAUGGAGAAGCUCGACGAAGCGGUGGCCACGCUGAACCGCUACUUGUCGGAAAAUUCGUACGCGGCCGGGCCGAACGUUACCAUCGCGGACUACAGCCUGGUGGCGACGGUUUCGUCACUGGAAGCGGUCCAUUACGAUCUUGGCCGGUUCCCGGGUGUGGCAUCGUGGUACGGAGGCUGCAAGGCACUCAUGCCGGAGUACGACGAGAUCAACGAGAGCGGAAUGCUGCAGUACCGUGCGUACUUUGAAUCACAGCGUAGCGAUCCGUGA